UUAUCUCUAAGUAAAAUCCGCCAAAAUUUUUCUUUUUCAAUACUCAGAGUAACCUGUUCACUCAAAGUUCUAGUUCGUUUUAACAACACAAUCAACAUGAAUCUUAAUGAUCUUCCUGAUAUUUGUUUGAUGACAAUAUUUGAUAAGUUCGAUGAGCUCGAAGAUCUUAUAUCUUCAUCUGCAGUUUGUUCAAAAUGGCGAAAAUUGGUUCAGAUUCGAUAUGAGAAAAUCACACGCUUAACAUUAGCUAAUGUGUCAGAAAGAAAGAUCUUACCUCCGCCUGACAAUAUCUACACCAAGAGUUAUCUAUUCAUGGAGAAUAUCAAUGUGGCCGAAGUAUUUCCGAACCUCGAGCUAUUAGAAGCUCUAUAUAUUCCUACUCCUCUCACAUGUCCAUGCAGAGUUAUAGCGAAUGUAUUGUCCACUGGGAAUCCACUGAGAGGUUUAUCCGCUCAAUUAAUUGCAGAGAUAUAGAAGGUGUUGUGUUUCUUGAUUGUGAUGUUGACCAAGACCAGCAAAUAGUUAAAUAUUGUGGUAAUCUUACUCGACUAUUGAUGAAUGAUCCUGGAUUUCUGAAUCUCUUUUUCAAUAAAUACAAAUUCGGUGAAAAUUUGCAAAUGUUUGCUGGUUUCGGUGGAUCUUACAUGAAAAAUUUCAACACGUAUGCUAAUCGAAUGCCGAAUCUUAAAAAACUUAAGGCAUCAAGUCUUGAUGCAAUACCAGACUUCACUCCAACUUUUCCAGGAGUUGAGGAAAUGACUUUCAUAUCGUUUAGCUUGUCUCUUCCUUUUCAAUAUUCAUCACACUUUCCUGAUCUACAAAAAUUAGACAUUUGGAGUUCAUAUUCAUCGGAACAUGACGAGUGUGGAGACGAAAAGAACUAUAAAGUCCAAACAGUCUCUAUCAAGUUUGCACCAGAAACAAAAAAUGCUGAAUUUCUGAAAAAAAAUCUGACCGAAAAUAUCGCAUUUCAAUUUCCUAAUUGCACCAAACUGACGAUACGUUGCCCAAGUAACAUUUUGGUGGAAGAAGAUCCAAUCAAUAUAAUCAAGUCGAUGCCGAAUCUAUCUCAUCUUCGCUUAAGUCCAAUAACUCCAAUAACUCUGAUGAUUACAUAACCAAAAUAAUCGAAGAUUAUUGCCGACUAAUAAACCGAAAUCUUGUAUUCGAGAUAGUUGAGCAAAGUGGUGAUGAUGAAUAACAUCAUGUACAUUGGUUCCAUGGUUUAUGUUGCAACUAAAUUGGAAUGUAGUAAAUUAAAUACCGGAAUGAUUGUUGACCUGGAAAAUUAACCGAUUAAAGA